AAAGUUCUUAUCAAUAUGUUCAAGAUCUUAGAACACGUAAUACAGUCGUAUGAAGAAGAUCUUUACGACGAUAAAAUUGACACCAAAGAUGCGUUUAUCAUUAUUUGUUUUCCUGAUCGGAAGGAAAUUGAAAUUGAACAAGCUUCGACAUUGAAACAAGAUCUUGAAGUUAUAAAAGAUGAACUUCGAUCCAAAAAACCCGUUCAAAUGAUGCCAGAUAGAAGUCAAGAGCAAAGCUCUUUCAUCUGUUUUUACGGAUCUUUUCAAAGUGCUAAAAAAUUCGGGCUCUUUGCCUCGCAAUUUUUUUCUGAAGAUCUUGAUGAGCAAAUCUGUGAUCCUAUUCUUACACCAGAGAUUCAAAUAACAACUAUAUCAUCCAGUCAAGACUCUGAAAUCAGUGAAAAUCUUACGCAAAGCCAAGCUGAAAAUAUUUUAGAGAAGCUGGAACAGAUAAAAGAUCUUGUUGAUAAUGUAAAAGCUUCUUUAACGAAAAAUAAAAGAAAAAAAACAAAGAAGACUCAAGAUCAAGGCGCUAAGCGCAAGAAAGUUCCAGGCCAGCAAGUUCUUGAAAAUUAUGGCUAUUUCAGAAAACAAUCUAUAAGAAAGCCGAUAAUUCCAUCAAAAACCGAAGAACCGAUUACACAUCAGCGACUCAGAGAACGUUUCAAUGUCUCCCUUUUCCAUUGCAGACAAGAUCUUGAAUGGACGUCAAAUAUCAAGAAAUUUACCAUCGAAGGAAUACAAUCUGAUAUCAUGGAAGGUAUUAGAAAUCAUCUUAUAAGAGGCAACGCUUUACCUGGUUAUUUUGUCAGAAAAGUAGCUCGACUAAUGUUCGGAGAUAAAAGGCUAAUGGAGACUAAGAUCUUGGAUCCAGAAAAAAAAUUUGGAGGUGUAAAGCGUAAGAACAGAAUGAAAGUUUUUUCAGACAAAGAAGAAAAAAAUCUGCUAUUAAUUCUUAGCCAAAUUGACAAAGAACUUUUUGAGUCAAAAGACGGUUGGCAUAUUCUAGUUAGAAAUCCAAUAAAUCAACUUGGACUGGACCUGCGAGGAGGAAAAGUCAAGAUUCAAGAUGAAUCCGAACCUGUAGCUGGGCCGAGCGCCAUUAAUCUUGACCAAAAUGAACAAGAUCUUGAUGAAAAUGAUUAUGUCAUUGAGGAUGACUCAGGCUGAAAUUAGUAUUAUAUUACUACGAAUAAGCAGCAAAUAUCCUCAAAGUUUCAGUUGAAAUCAUUAAUCACUUGAUUAACUCGCGUAAACUCUUAGUUAUGAGCACAAAGCUCAUAAAUCAUUUUAUCAAAAAUAUGAAAUUUUUAAUCAUGAUCUUGCCGUAAAGCGACAAUUUUUUACUAUUUGCAGCUCAAAAAUGUAUCAGUUAUUGUCAUUUAGACCAAAAAAUGAACUAAUUUCUUGUAUUUAUCUGACUUGAGUCAGUUUCGAAAAAACAAAAAUCUUGACAUUUUUAUGCCAAUAAACCUCGAU